AUGGAUAAAAAGAAGUUAAAACAAUUGCAGUCAAUCAUUAUAAAAGACCUCGAAUCACUAGAAGAUGAGGCUGAAAAACUUAAGAAUCCAGAGGGCGAUGAUAUUGACAGAGUUUUCCAAAUGUUGAGACUCAAAUUGGAGGAAAGGUAUAAGGCCCUGAAAGAGCAACAGAUUGAUGGAGCUUCACACUCCUCAGUUAUAAAUGACCUCAACAGAUUAAAAAAGGAGGCAAUGUCAAGCAGUGCAUCUCAAGGGGUCUUGAAAGGGGUGCACAAAGCAGUGAACGAACUGAAGACAACAGUACUGUUUGCCUCGCCACCUCCUAAAAUAAAUACAGACUCCAUAAUCAGUGCUAUAGACCACAUCGGUGUCGAAAGUGAUUCCGAGGAUACAGAUGAAAAUAUCCAGCUCCCAGACUCUCCCCAAGAUGGUGACCUGUAUAGCUCAUCUCCGGAGGAUACAGUAGAACCUGUAGUUCCUUUCAAAUCAUACUCCAACAACAGACAGAAUUCACAAUCUUCUGCUAAGAAAACCUCUGACUCAGAGAGGUCAGUACAGCGAAGUGGUGACUAUGGAAGAGCACCUACACGGAACUUAUCCGAAGAAAGGCAAGAGGAGUGUGAUACCAGAUCCUUCUCUUCACAUCACAGCUCAUUGCAAAGUUCAAAAAGACCCGAUCCCACUCACAAACAGGUAGACUUGAUAUCUCCUAAAGAUCUUCUCGGCCCGGGUGCAUUCAUUCAGCCGAAGACCAUUGAACUUACUGAUACCAGUCUGACUCCCGACAGAAAGCCUCAGUCCCAAUCAAGAAUAUCAAUGGAGGUAUCUAGAACGCCAGUAAGGGAGCCCCUAGUACCUGAAUACCAACCUCCAGAAAGAGUAGCAGCUGUUCCACCCCCUGGCAAAGGUCCUGUCAUUCAGGACUUAUGUUGGAACAAGAAAAUACAGAGAUAUUUUACUGAAAGCAGUGAAUAUUCGAAUCCUGCUAAAGAAAGCUGGGGAUCUGUUGAAGAGCUCUACAGCCCGAGCCAGUUUUUCGUAAAGCCGAAGCAAGCGGAUGGAAAGCGAGACAAUGUUCAGAUCGCUGUAGCUAACUAUAUUCAUUCGAGUAAUCUGCGGAUUAACAAGUCACAUUCUAUUGGGAAGAUGGUACUUUGUCAGUUUGUAGAUGGCUUGUGGUACAGAGCAUGUGUGGAGAGGACUCUUGCAGAGCACAAGUAUACGGUCCUGUUCGUUGAUUACGGAAACCGCUGCGAAGAUGUAAACUACGAUAAGCUGCGAGAUAUGCCCGACGAGAUCCUAUUAAUGGAGCCCAUGUGUGUACAACAAUGCUACUUGUCGGGGAUUAUGCCGCCCGAUCGAGGACAAGAAUGGGAAUCAUCGACUGUAGAAGCUCUGUGGGACCUGGUAUCGAAUAAGAUGCUUAUAAUAAGAGUGCUGGAAACAACCAACCAAGUUUAUGGAGUUGUUCUAGAGUUGCAGGAAGGGAAUCUCCUAAUUAAUAUCAACAAUAAGCUUGUUGAGAUGCAACUAGCCAUAAAGUAUCAAGUUGAGUCAACAGAGCCAAUGAAGGAGUUGUGCACCUCGCCAACACGUUUCGCUCCUCGCUCCUUUCCGGACACCAAUCCAACUUCAACAGCUUUCCAGAGUACCAGAUCAGCCUCUCCAUCCACCAAUCCACCACCACGCAGAGGUCGGAACCGUUCACCACCUCCCUCUACUCAGCGUCCCCACCAGGGUUUAACCCGAACCCCACUCUAUCCAGCUCAACCACUCCAUCCAACGCACAUUCCAGCCAGUACAAGUCAUGUUGCACGCACACCAAAUAACCGACAUCCUGUACCCUCAGAUGAUUCUGAGGACGAUUCCUUUUCACCACCCUCAGUAGGACGACCUCCUUCUAUCGGGAGUGGUCCUCAACCAGUCUCUAGAACCAUCAACUCUCCUGCACCUCCCUUCUCAUUCGGGGACACUAGUGCUAAGGGAAGAGGCAAUGUGUUUGGGAACGCUCCUCUGGGUGGAGACAACUUCAGCGCACCGGACACUGGAUACGAGAUACCACUGGAUCAAGGAGAGUCAUCUGAUCCUAACAAAUGGAAGCGGGACGGGUUUGAAGAUUUGGACCGGAAUCUACCCCCUCCAAACUUCGAAAUAUCCUACAGAGACUUGGAGAAUACCGCUGAUGGGAUGUCUCUAAGUGACCGUGCCUCCAGUAUAAGCCCAUCCACGUUCGGCUCUGAACAAAGGAAGGUCCUAAAAGCUAAAUCUGCUGUUAAACGAAACAGCUCGGAACUUAUUCGAGGAAGCAAGCCAGAUAACACAGAUCCGUCCGAUGGUCUGUCUCCGAGUGAUGCCAAAACUCCCUCCUCAGGAAUAGAGGUUCUCAGUGAUGAUGCGGAGAAUAGAGAUCACACUGUAGAUCCUGGUGCUAACUCUCCCAAGUAUGAAGAUAUGGACCGAUUGGAGGGAGACGAGGGAGAAGAGGGAGAAGAGGGAGAUGAUAGUAACAUUCCUGAACCUAACGAUGAGCAGCCUCCCCAGUCCGAGUCCCUGACUGCUAAAUUGCAAGAGAUCAUAUACGAUCCUAAAAGCUACCUGUUAGGCGAUUUAACUGAGGAAAGCGUCUAUAAUAAUUACAAGAAAGGGAGGUUACGAGACUGCAAACUGAGACACUUUCAGAGAACACCACACUCUUGCCAGUCAUGGUUACCCACGUGAAGUCUCCGGAGCUAUUCUGUGUCUCUUUUCUAGAUAUGAGACACAUUGCCGUCCUCAAUGCAAUGACAUCGAGUCUGAACCUACUCUACUCCAACAAACCCACAUACCAGUCCGGGGACAAGAUCACCCGCAACGUAGGAGGCAACAUAUGGAAAGGAACUGUCGUGGAAGUGAACGUGAACUUACUGCACGUCCAGUGGGAGGAUUCAGUUACCAAGAACUGGGUACAAGAUGACCUGGUAGAGAAGGAAGUGUCAGGACUCUCCGAGAUGAUAUCCAGCAAGCUCGCUGUCUCCUCCUGUAAAGUUGAAUUUGAUGUAGGAGACUUCUGUGUGGCUAAAUACAGUUGUCCAGAGGGAAGUAUCAGCUGGUAUCGGGCACUUGUGUUAGAGGUUUUCAAGAAGAGCUCCACUCGUAGGGUCUACAAAUACAUGGUAUUGUUUGUUGAUUACGGCAACGUAGAGGAAGUCGUUGUGCUAAAUGUCAGACCGCUUCCCGCCAAGUUCUCUAGACUCCCGGCUCAGUCCAUCCCGUGCUAUUUACCAGAGAUACAGGCUAUGCCACCGGACGAUAAGACAACAGUCGGUGAUGAGGAGGAGGAGGAGUUUGAGACUGAUAGUGAUGAUGAAGAUGACAAUUCCCCGAUAACACGGUGUCAGUAUUCUAGAUCAGCCCGGACUGCCUUCUCAGACCUUAUUUUAAAUGAGCGUGUUUACCUUAACGUUCGAGGUGACGUGGUCCCUCUUUACUACGGUUACAGAAAAGAUGUUCAAGUUGCUGACGACGAAGCAUUAUUUCAGUUCCUUAAUAGUUCACUCCCAGUUUCUAUAGUUGACAGGGUGGAUACAAAUUUGCUAGUGAAUAUAGCCGAUGAGUUUGUGCGAGAAGGUCACGCAGAGCGGAUAUUGAAUCUGGACUUUGGUGUGGACCAUGCUGAUCUUGAUCCUACAUUAAGUGCUGCUAUCGAGGACCGGAUGAAGAACGUGGAAGCGAAGUUAGCAGCUAUGAAGAUGGGUCGGAGUAGUCCUAUCACUCUGGCCGCUCCGAAUAGUGAGCUGUCCAGUGAAGUGGACUCAGAAACAAUGUCCUCAUUCGAUCCUAUGUCCUCAUUCGAUCCUAUGUCUGAAGAUUUCCACAGCGAAACUAAUCUGGCAGACCAUGAUAAGGAUGAUGUGGGACAAGCCGUGUACGGUCAGAAACUUGAGAGACGGGCAUUAUGUAGGUUCUUCAGCCGGGGGAGGCAGUGUUAUAAGGGCAGUCAGUGUCGGUUUCUGCAUCAGAGGAAGUCCGAAUUUAAUUCCCUCCAGAGCGAACAAGCUAUGGUGAUCCAAGAGAACAAGCCCCCAACCCCAACCAACGACAUGCCGGUCAUAGUCCAAGUCACUUCAGUUCUGACUCCCUUCCACUUCUGGGCUCAGAUUCUACCUCACGAUAUCAACCCAGGUGCUAUAGAACAGGAGAAUAGUGUAGGUGAUCCUCUGGCAGAGCUGACUAAGAAGAUGAAUAGUAUGUACCGGUAUAAGGGGUACCGGGAGACAAAGUACUACGCAGCUAUAGGGGAGAUUGUGGCGGUGAAGAGUAUUGAUGGUAACGAUAAUUACCGGCGGUCACGUGUAACCGAGACUGACGAGGUUGGUGAGGGCAUGUGCAAAGUUUUCCACCUGGACUUUGGAACAUUCGAGAUCGUCCACGAGAAAUCUUUGCGUGUAAUGGAUUCAGCGUUUAUCAAAGAACUUCCAUUUCAAGCGCAAGAGAUGUUCCUUGCGGAUGUGAAGCCUACCUACCCUAUCGACACAGAACCAGUAUUUGUAGGAACCGAGGAGAUAAAUCGUGAGAACGAGAGUGCAGCUGCUCGUGAUUUCUUCCUCGAUAAAGUGUCAGGUAAGUGGAUGAUAGCUAAAGUUAUAGAGCGGAGACCGGGAGGCCCUCUCUGUGUCCACUUGUGGGACUGCAGCACUGAUAACUACAUCAGUAUCAACAAGGAGUUGGUGAAACAGGGCUAUGCUGACUCUGUUUACCCUCUACCUGAUGAACUGACCACUGACUGUGGGACUCUGGCCAGUACCAGUUAUCAGGACAACAGCGAUUGAGAUUUGAGAGUUUCGAAAACUUAGUUAUUAAAUUUGUUGCGUUGGGUGAUAGCGUUUUUCAGAAGAUAUUAUAAGGUUGGACUGUGACCAAUUUCAAACGUUGAAUGUUUUUUUUUAAGAAUAAUAUUUCGACAUUCUAUUAAACGUUCAAUCAUCAUCCAUGAUAUUUGCCAUGUGCUUCUUGUUUGGAGUUUUCUUUUUUAAUUAGUUUAUCAAAGGUGGUGAGCUUUUAAAAUAUGUUGUUAAAUCGAAAAAAAUAUUUUUAUUUGAUGUGAAGUUUAUGAUAAAUGAUUUUUAUAAUUUGUUGACUAUGAAAUUAUAUCCUCCGUAAAUUUUGGC